AUGGUUAUAUUGGAAAGUAUAUUAACAGGAAUGACAAUAACGAUAGGCGCUGGAACGUUAUUAUACUUUUAUCAAAAUGAAUUAUUAUAUCCAGCAAAAUAUCGAAAGAAAUCCUGCGAAUUCGAUAUUCCGAUAUUUUCUAAUGAUGGAAUUCUUUAUACUGAAGUGAUAUUAACUACAAAAGAUAAAGUCAGAAUUCGUGCAUACGUAUAUAAAAGACCAAAUGAUGAUGAAGCGUGUAAACGACCCACCGUCUUAGCCUUACAUGGAAAUCGUGGAAGCAUAGGACAACGUUCAGCGAUUGUGCAUAAAUUUUAUCAUAAUUUUAAAUUUAACGUAGUGUUACUUUCUUAUAGAGGAUAUGGACAUAGUGAAGGAAUUCCAUCGGAAGAAGGAAUAAAAAUAGAUGCACAGACCGCAUUGGAAUAUAUUAGAAGACAUCCAAUUCUUUAUGGAACAAAAUUAAUAUUAUAUGGAAGAUCAUUAGGAGGCGCUGUCGCUAUUGAUCUGGCCGCAAGGAAUGAAGACGAGAUAAAUGCACUAAUUUUAGAAAAUACGUUUCUAAGUAUUCCAAAAUUAUUAUCAACAUUAUUUUCUCCUUUAAAGUAUUUAACAUUUAUAUGUACACAAAUAUGGUCAUCAGAUGAACAAAUUGGAACAAUUAAAAAAAUUCCGAUAUUAUUUUUAUCUGGUAAAUUAGAUGCUUUAGUACCACAACAACAAAUGAAAGAAUUAUAUGAAUUGACAAACACUUCGGCUGGCAAAGAAUGGAAAGAAUUUCCUUUUGGUAAUCAUGGUAAUACAAUUUCUCAGCUCGGUUAUUGGAUAGUUAUUAAAGAAUUUUUAUUAUGGGCUAUUUUUGACAAAGAUGAAGGAAAACUAAAAUGA